AGGGCAUAGAAAAUGGACUGACUUUGAAGUCUGAAAGAUACCCACUCUGUUCAGGAUUCCUCUCUUGGGCACCACUUGCUCUGAUCCUGGAGGCAAAGGGUAGCCUUUUGCCGUUAUCUGGAAGGCCUUCCUCCUGAAAAGAAUGACUGCCAAGAAUUCCUCUGUGACAGAGUUCAUCCUUGCAGGCCUGACGGACCAGACAGGACUUCGCAUGCCCCUCUUCUUCCUGUUCCUGGCUUUCUACAUGGUCACCAUGGUGGGGAACCUGGGCUUGAUCUCCCUGAUAGGGCUGAACCCUCACUUGCACACCCCCAUGUACUUCUUUCUCUUCAAUCUUUCCUUAAUAGAUUCCUGUUACUCCUCCACCAUCAUCCCCAAAAUGCUGGUGAGUUUUAUCUCAAAGAAGAACACCAUCUCACACUCGGGGUGUAUGUCACAGCUGUUUUUCUUCUGCUUCUUUGUUGUCUCUGAGUCCUUCAUUCUGUCAGCCAUGGCAUAUGACCGUUAUGUUGCCAUCUGUAACCCCCUGAUGUAUACAGUCACCAUGUCUCCCCAGGUGUGUUUACUGCUUUUACUGGGUGUGUAUGUGAUGGGCUUUUCUGGAGGCAUGGCCCAUACAGGAAACAUAUUGAAUCUGACCUUCUGUGCUGACAACCUUGUCAAUCACUUCAUGUGUGAUAUCCUUCCCCUUCUGGAGCUGUCCUGCAACAGCACCUUCACAAAUGAGCUGGUAGUCUUCAUUGUGGUGGCCUUUGAUAUUGGUGUGCCCAUUGUCAGCAUCUUUAUUUCUUAUGCCCUCAUCCUCUCUAGCAUCCUUCGCAUGCAUUCCACAGAGGGCAGGUCCAAGGCCUUCGGCACUUGCAGCUCCCAUAUGAUUGUGGUUUGCCUUUUCUUCGGUUCUGGGGCUUUUGCGUACCUCAAGCCACCUUCCAUUUUGCCCCUUGACCAAGGAAAAUUGUCUUCCGUGUUCUAUACCAUUGUAGUACCAAUGUUGAACCCUCUGAUCUAUAGCUUGAGAAAUAAGGAUGUCCAAGUUGCUCUGAGGAAAACCCUUGUCGGCAGAGUGUUCUCUUAA